UAUUCAUAAAUUACAUGUAAUUAUACAAAAUAUAGCUAACACAUAACAAACACAGUGAUCUCCCCAGAAUUUUUUCUCAGGCUACUGGCACUUCAUGUCGAGGACACUGAUACUGCCAAGCACAGUUAAAGUACACGAAACAAGUUCAACACAGACAAGGAAUACUGCACUAUGGGAGAUAUCAAAGCAUUAGAAGAGAUUGCCCAGGCUAACCAUGAUGAGUUUGACAGAAGAUGGAAUAUUCCAGGAAGAGAUUGGGAUAAGUUUGUUGAGGACAUGUACUCAACAGAUUGCAAAGCCUUUCCUCCAGGAUAUCCUCCUGCUUUCACUAGACAAGCCAUUGCUGCAGUGUUUAAGACCUUCCAUGAAAGGCAUCAAUUGCAUAGCAAAGUACAUGAGGUGGUGAAGAUAGGGGAAGACUCCUUCCUGGCGACAUAUUUCAUCAAGUGUACAAUAGAUGGCAAGCAGGUUGACCAACUCACAACCGUUGAAGUAUGGCGCAAGGAGAAUGGACAAUGGCGAUUGCACAGAGAUUCUUGGAACAGUGACUUCCCACCACCAACAACAUCUGAUAAUAAAAGCUGAGAACAACAUCCAAGAAACAUUGAGGACAUAACAGUCAUGCACAUGAAAGGACUUCAGAAAUCUAUAUUAUGAAGAUUAGUAUAUCUAGUACUGCCACAAACAUCAGAGCGAGAACAACGAUACUUUUGGAACAGAGACUUUAUAUCAUAUACAAUGUACUACUAUGUAUUAUUUGAUAAUCAAUGAGGCUUAAAGGUUUGACCUAAAUCCUGUGGAUGCCCAUUUUAUUGACACAACACCCAGAAAUAUUGAAGAUAAUAAUACUGCAAAGUGGAAUUAUUGUCCAAUUUAUCAGAUUUCACCUUUGAAAACAGAUAUUUGGAACUACCUCCUCAUGUUCAGAUAUUUAUGGGAAUUUAUUAUUUUCACAUUAAAAUCUCUUGCCAACUUGCUAUUGUAAUCUGGAAUAAAUUAAAUCAAUAAAUAUAUAGUGUGUAUAUAAAAAACAUUGAGGAGUUCCCUUGUUAA